AUGUCCCUGCUCCAGAGCUAUGAGAUCCGCAUCCCCGCUGACCAGGGCAUCGCCGGGCACGUGGCCACCACCGGCAAGAUCCUCAACAUCAAGGACGCGUAUUCCCACCCGCUCUUCUACCGCGGGGUGGACGACAGCACCGGCUUCCGCACCAGGAACAUCCUCUGCUUCCCCAUCAAGAACGAGAGCCAGGAGGUGAUCGGGGUGGCGGAGCUGGUCAACAAGAUCAAUGGGCCCUGGUUCAGCAAGUUCGAUGAGGACCUGGCCACCGCCUUCUCCAUCUACUGUGGCAUCAGCAUCGCCCAUUCUCUGCUCUACAAGAAGGUGAACGAGGCGCAGUACCGAAGCCACUUGGCCAACGAGAUGAUGAUGUUCACGCCGCAGGUGUCAGAUGAUGAGUACACGAAGCUGCUGAGUGAGGGCAUCCAGCCCGUGGCCACCAUCGACCCCAACUUUGCCAGCUUCACCUACACCCCGCGCUCGCUGCCCGAGGAUGACACCUCCAUGGCCAUCCUGAGCAUGCUGCAGGACAUGAACUUCAUCAACACCUACAAGAUGGACCGUCAGACGCUCACCAGGUUCUGCCUGAUGGUGAAGAAGGGCUACCGGGACCCCCCGUACCACAACUGGAUGCACGCCUUCUCUGUCUCCCACUUCUGCUACCUGCUCUACAAGAACCUGGAGCUCGUCAACUACCUGGAAGACAUCGAGAUCUUUGCCCUCUUCAUCUCCUGCAUGUGCCAUGACCUGGACCACAGAGGCACCAAUAACUCCUUCCAGGUGGCCUCGAAAUCAGUCCUGGCUGCGCUGUACAGCUCAGAGGGCUCCGUCAUGGAGAGGCAUCACUUUGCCCAAGCCAUCGCCAUCCUCAACAGCCAAGGCUGCAACAUCUUUGACCACUUCUCCCGCAAGGACUACCAGCGCAUGUUGGACCUCAUGAGGGACAUCAUCUUGGCCACUGACCUGGCCCAUCACUUGCGCAUCUUCAAGGACCUCCAGAAGAUGGCAGAAGUGGGCUAUGACCCCAAGAACAAGCAGCACCACAGCCUCUUGCUCUGCCUGCUCAUGACCUCCUGCGACCUCUCCGACCAGACCAAGGGCUGGAAGACCACCAGGAAGAUCGCGGAGCUGAUCUACAAGGAGUUCUUCUCUCAGGGUGACCUGGAGAAGGCCAUGGGCAACCGCCCGCUGGAGAUGAUGGACCGGGAGAAACACAUCGCCAUGCCCAUCUACAAGUUGCUCCAGGACCCCUUCCCGAAGGCGGGGGGGGUCCAUGAGAGGGGGGCCAGGGGCCUCCCCAGCAACAACUCCUUGGACUUCCUGGAUGAGGAAUAUGACCCCCAGGCCCCCGACCCCCAGCUCAACGGGUGCCUGGAGCCCGAGGGGGGACACCCCGUGGUGGGGGCUGAGUGA